UCACGAAUAAAAAACCGAUAUAUGGAGAGAGCCACCACUAUUCUCCGACCACCGUCGCAACCACGGAGGCGGCUUACCAACCAUGAAGAAGCUUCAAUCAUGGUUAAAGCUCUCAAGAACGUCAUAAUCGGAUCCACAGGCUCUUCAAAUGUUGACCAGCAACAGCGCUAUGAUUUCCGAUCGUUUUAUACGUCUGAUUAUGCCGCCGCCGGUAGUGAGCCGGUGGAAUAUUUACCGGAGGUUCUUCUUUCUCAGACAUGUCCGUUUUGUAGGAUUAGCGGUUGUCUGGGGUGUAAUUACUUUAUGGAUGAUAUGGAACAGAACGACGGCGGGAGCGGUGGUCCGAUUAAGAAAAAGAAGAAGAAUUACAGAGGAGUGAGACAGCGACCGUGGGGGAAAUGGGCGGCGGAGAUUCGUGAUCCACGUAAAGCAGCUCGUGUGUGGUUAGGUACGUUUGAGACAGCGGAGUCAGCGGCUCGGGCUUACGACAGAGCUGCCAUAGAAUUCAGGGGAACCACAGCCAAGCUCAAUUUCCCGUUGGCCGAUUACGCAACACCACCGUCGUGAUUGCCGGAAACAAGUGUAGAAAAAGGUGGUUAUGGAAGCGAUUGAGGAGAAAGAAAGUGAAGAUUGGAUUUGGGAAGUUACGGAAAUGGUUUCGUAGGAGUUACAGUCUAACCAUGAACAGGAUUUUUAGGAAAGCGAGGAUUUUAUGAUAACCAUUUAGGUUUUAUUAUUUCUAAGGCCGUAAACAAACUAAACGUUAAGUGAACUGUUCGGUAGAAAAUUCGUUUAUUUAAUAAAGAA